AUGCAGAAACAAAGAAGUACCGAGCAAAAUGUUCCUGCAGCAAAAAAGAUCGAUAAAACUACAGCGGGGGUGAGUAAAGGCAUGCCAGCCCACUCACGUUCCCUGUCCCACUCAGUAGCCCCGUGGCUUAUUUCGCCAGGAAAAUCUUCAUUGGUGGCAGGGGAGAAACAGCCACCCUCCUCCCAUACCCUGUCUCAUGCCCGUUCAUAUGCUAGUGCGGCCGGGACCCGCUCGCAGAGAUCUGAGAGCGGCGGGGUCGCGGCCGCACACACAGCGACUUCUGGGGGGUCUGAAAACCGCUCCGAGCAUUUGAUCAGCUCGGAGCGUGUGUAUUCAGCUCCCGCGAGCGGAGCAAAUGUGGAUAAUAGCCGCUCUGGGCUCACAUGCAAUGCAGUCCGGUCCCUAGCGUAUAAAGGAGACCGGGCUGAGGAUGAAGGGGUGGGCGGUAGGAGGUCCCGAUCCCCGUCGUGGUCCUCUGCCUCACGGCAGUCAGACUUGACGGGAGGGACCUCUCCCACUCGUUCUCCUCACACAGUUAGUGUUAAAGGGGCAGCAGAGAGCCUCAAUGUGCAUGAAAUGGAGGAAGACUGUUAUAAUGUGCCCCAAACUUUUCAUCAUAUGGUCAGCAACACCGACACCACUAAAAUGGAUGACAGCAUGACUCCAGCUCUAGCCAUACUUAAGAUGGCCACCAAUACAGCACAUACCACCAAUGUUACAACUAGGAUGGCCACUACUCCUUCCAAGACAACUUCUACUGGUUUCAAGACUAUGACCUAUAACCCUCACAUGCCAUUGGAAAUGGCCGUGGAUUUACCACUGUCGGCUGGUUUAAUUAUCCUACGUGUGGACUUAAAAAAUGAUCUCAAAAAAAAUUUUGAUAACAUGUAUGGGAUUCUGGAGAACAUUGGUCAACGCACGGAGGCCGUUGAACACAGAUUAUCUACACAAGAAUCCGCUCAUUUAGAACUGGAAAAAACUGUUAAGGAGCUUUAA